AUGAAGGUGGUGGAACUCACUAGUGACGCAGAUGUGCGGCUGGCGAAUCCAGUUCACCUCUUGACCGAGCAUGACUCCUUCGAUGUGACAGUUUCACCUCGCGCUGGGGCCAUGGGCGAAUGGACAAAGCACCUGUCCAUGACUCCACGGCAGCAUGAUUUCAGGGACCGUAUACAGCUUCCGCGGCUGCUGCGCUAUCCGCUACCACCUGACUGUUUGGCUGAUGAACCUGAGGAGAAGCGGCGGGCGACGCUGCUCAAGGUCUUUCAGGACCUUUCCGUCUUUGAUAUUUGCCAUCAUUUGGCGGUUGCUUUCAUGUAUGCCCUGUUCAUCAACCAAUAUCGGGGCAUUGAGGAUGUCAAGUACCGCAUCGUGAAGAAUGACGACCGGUGGUUCAGUGGAGGAAGUCUUACCGGGCCAACACCCAUGCCACCUUUGCCACUGUCCAAUGCAGAACAUAUAGUGGUUGUUGAAUUUAUGAAGCGCAAGCUGGCCUUUGUCUUCGGAGAGAUCGUGGCAUCUCAACGCUUUCUCAUGUGCAUGGAGCUGCUGAUCCGUAGGGCUCAGGCACGUCAUUGCCAGCAUGACUGGCAUAGCAAUGAUUGCUAUCAAUGGCGGAACCAAAGGUGGAACAUUAAUUGGCACCACAAAGCCUGGCAAGAUUGA